AUGGUGGCCAACAUCUUUUCAAAGGACCACGCCAACGGCGCCGAGGCGGCUGCGGCCACCGCCGCCACCGCCGCCGAGCCCUCGCAGGCGCAGCUCGAGGCGGCACACGUGCAGGACCAGCGCGAGGAGCUGGCCCUCUCGGCGCAACUCCAGCAAAACGCCGCCAAGGGCGCCAGGGUCAUGGAGUUUGCCGAGGACGCCACGCCCGAGCAAAAGGCGGCCGAGGCGGCCAAGGCCAUCAACAAGGUGCGCCCGGCAAAGGGCCUGGGCAGGCACGACGACGAUGCCGGCCACGCCAUGGCGUCGGACAUUGGCGGCAAAAAGGUCAAGGUCACGACCAACCUCGACGACGACGUUGAGCGCCUCAACCGCCAGGAGCACGACGCGCCCGGCGCCAUGCCCGUCGGCCAGGCCACCAGCACGCUGCCGGACUGGUACCAGGUGGGUUGGACGGGCGUCUCGCGCCACCUCCGCGGCCUCGAGCCCAACAAGGUCGUCUCCGAGGACGAAGAGGCGCGCCUCGACCUCAUCUCGACGUUCCUCAGCGACGCCUACUACGGCUACUUCUGGUGGAACGCCGCCGUCAUCGUCGUCGCCGUGCUCUCGAGCUACUUUGUGGCGCGCUUCGGCGGCGGCAUCGGCUGGCUCGUCAUCAUCGGCGCCUUUUGCUCGACCUACUACAACACCAGCAUGCGGCGCACGCGGACGCGGGCACGCGACGACAUCACGCGCGAGCUGGCCAAGAAAAAGAUGAUCUCGGAGCACGAGUCCGCCGAGUGGAUCAACCACUUCCUGUCGCGCUUCUGGCUCAUCUACGAGCCCGUGCUGUCGGCCACCAUCAUCGGCACCGUCGACGGCAUCCUGGUGCAGCAGUGCCCCUCGUUCCUCGACUCGAUCCGCAUGACGACCUUCACGCUGGGCACCAAGGCGCCCCGCAUCGACCACGUGCGCACCUUCCCCAACACCGACGAGGACGUCGUCAUGAUGGACUGGAAGUUUAGCUUCACGCCCAGCGACACGGCCGACCUGACGGUGCGCCAGGCGGCCCAGAAGAUCAAUCCCAAGAUUGUGCUGAAUGUGCGCGUCGGCCGCGGCCUGGUGGGCGCCGGGAUGCCCAUCCUGCUCGAGGACAUCAACUUUGUCGGCAACAUCCGCGUCAAGAUGAAGCUGAUGAGCAGCUUCCCGCACGUCCAGCUGGUCGACGUCUCGUUCAUGGAGCCGCCCAAGAUCGACUACGUCCUCAAGCCCAUCGGCGGCAACACGCUCGGCUUCGACAUCGGCAACAUCCCGGGCCUCUCGGACUUUAUCCAGGGCCAGAUCCACGCCAACCUGGGCCCGAUGAUGUACCACCCCAACGUCUUCACCGUCAACCUCGAGGAGCUCAUGUCCGGCACGCCCCUCGACACGGCGUGCGGCGUGCUCCAGGUCAAUGUGUGGAGCGCGCGCAACCUCAAGGGCGUCAAGCUCGGCGGCGGCACGCCGGACCCCUACGUCGCCCUCUCGAUCGACAACAAGGACACGCUGGCCAAGACGUCGGUGCGCAAGAGCACCACCAGCCCGCAGUUCAAGGAGACGCGCUUCGUGCUGCUCAACAACCUCAACGGCAUGCUCACCUUUUCGCUCCUCGACCACAACGACCACCGCCCGGACUCGAACCUCGGCCAGGCCGCCUUCGAGCUCAAGUCGCUCGAGGACGACCCGGAGCAGGAGAACCUCAGCACGCCCGUCAUGCUCGACGGCAAGGAGCGCGGCGAGGUCCAGUACUCGCUCUCCUACUACCCCGUCCUCAAGGCCGAGGUGGGCGAAGACGGCCAGCCCAAACCGCUGCCCGAGACCCAGUCGGGCGUCGUCCGCUUCACGCUGCACCAGGCCAAGGAGCUCGACAAGCGCAGCGGCUUCAGCGGCGAGCUGUGCCCCAAGGCGCGCAUCCGCCUCAACGGCCAAAAGGUCAAGGACUCGAUCGUCAUGAAGCGCACCACCAACCCCAUCUUUGAGAUGCCCACCGAGUUCCUCGUCACCGAGCGCUCCAAGGCCGUCGUCACCGUCGAGAUCCUCGACGACCGCGACCUGCGCAGCGACCCAGUCGUCGCCCACGUCAGCAUCCGCCUCGAGGAUCUGCUGGCGGCCAAGCAGCGCCAGCAGGACUGGUUCCCGCUCAAGGACUCGAAGCAGGGCCGCGUGCGCAUGUCGGCCGAGUGGAAGCCCGUCCUCAUGUCCGGCAGCAUGAACGGCGGCGGCGGCUACACGCCCGCCAUCGGCGUCGUCAAGGUGUGGCUCAAGCGCGCCACCGACCUCAAGAACGUCGAGGCCAUGACCGGCGGCAAGUCGGACCCCUACGUCCAGCUCAAGCUGCGCGGCCAGGCCGUCAGCGGCAGCACCAUCGUCAACAACAACCUCAACCCCGAGUGGAACGAGAUCCUCUACUGCCCCGUCCACUCGCUGCGCGAGCGCAUCACCGUCGAGGUCAUGGACUACCAGAACUCGGGCAAGGACCGCAGCCUCGGCACUGUCGAGGUCAACGUGGCCGACCUCGCCGUCGAAAACGAGGCGGCGGCGGCGGCCGCCGACGCCAGGUCGAGGUACGCCGGCACUGGCCGCAAGGCGCGCAAGGACCGCGUCCACCUCGGCCGCAACCUGUACAAGGGCGAGAUCGAGUUCGACUGCGAGUUCCUGCCCGGCGUCAACCUCAAGGGCGUCAGCUUCAGCGGCGCCGGCAACGAGGCCGCCGCCAAGAGCGGCAACGCCAUCAUCGAGGAGGAGGAUGAGGCGGCAUCGUCGUCGUCGUCGUCGUCGUCGGACGAGGAGGAGGCGGCCCGGAUCAAGGAGGUGGCUAAGCCGACCACGGGCGUCAACGGCACCGCCAACGGCGUCGACCGCCAGGCCAGCGUCAAGCGGGGCCACACCAAGGACAAGCCGUCGGUGGCAUCGGUGGCCACGGCGGGCACCGCCGAGACGGCGCAGACGGCCGCCUCGGCCUCGGUCGAGUCGGUCGUCGAGGGCGGCAUCAGCAUGACCAAGGACGAGCUGCUGGCGCAGCAGUCGGGCAUCAUCGUGUUCAACGUGCUGCGCGGCAGCCUGCCGUCGCACAAGAAGCACGCGCGCCUCGAGGUCCUCUUCGACGACGGCUACUGGCCGUCGUACGUGACCGAGCAGGCGCGCACCGCCCACUGCACGUGGGACGAGGUGGGCGAGUCGACGGUGCGCGAGCUCGACUGGUCGCGCUUCCUGCUCAAGCUGCGUACCGGCGACGACGACGACGACGUCUUUGCCGAGUUUGCCGCGCCGACAAAGGACGUGCUGGAAAAGACGCUCGACCAGGAGUACGAGUUCCGCCUCACGUCGGCCGGCGGCAGCGGCAGCCAGGUGGCCAGCGUCACGCUGACGUGCAGGUACAUCCCCAUCGACCUCCACCUCGAGCCCGUCGAGAGCGUCAAUAACCAGGGCUUCCUCCGCGUCGACGUCGUGCGCGCGCGCAACCUCCGCGCCGCCGACCGCGGCAACCGCUCCGACCCCUACGUCGUCUUCCACCUCAACGGCGAGCGCAUGGCCAAGUCCAAGGUGGUCAAGAAGACGCUCAACCCGGACUACAACGAGAACCUCGGCGAGUUCCAGGUGCCCUCGCGCGUCGCCGCCGACGCCAUCGUCGAGGCGCUCGACUGGGACCAGGUGGGCACGCCCGACAAGCUGGGCCAGGCCCAGGUGGAUCUGUCGGUGCUGGAGCCGUUUGAGCCGUUCGAGCACACCUACCCGCUCGUCGGCAAGGGCUCGACGGAAAAGAGCGAGGUGACGCUGCGCUUCGUCUUCCGCCCCGAGUUUGUCACCAACCGCGAGCGCAAGGGCACCAGCCUCAGCCGCACCUUCACCAGCGGCGUCGCGGGCGUCGGCCGCGUCGGCGUGGGGUAG